GCCCAUUUUGAGCUCCGCAUCGACGGCGACGUUAAUCUCGGGAAGUCGAAGUUGUCAACGCAUUCACUGUGUGUGUGUGUGUGUGUGUGUGUGUGUGUGUGUGUGUGUGUGUACGGCAAGAAAACCAAAAGACCAAGGAUGCCGGCUUUGUCUCCAGGAUGAGGUGUGUUCACUCCUCGCUUGAUGAGCGGAUUGCUUGUGCUGUCAGGUACAUGAAGAAGCUGCAGCAGGACGACGGAGCGUGCGUUGCAGCACUUGCGACGGGACAUCUUCUCCUCUUCCACCGACUUGAUCCUCUGCUGCGCAGAAACAACGCAGGAAGCUACACCAGCCCAACUCUGCACUACACGGGUACACGCCGCAGCGUUGUACACGCACAUACGAGAGUCUAAAUGCUGCUACACAGCACCGUCUGACAAGCGACAUUUGCUUGGAUAAAGAAGAGCGCAACUGCGCUGUCGUUGCUUGUCAGGUGCAACAAAAUGAAGAGGACAGCUGCAUGUUCCCCAAGUUAGUGUGUGUGUGUGUGUGUGUGUGUACGCACGCGCGCAGAUAUGCGGGCGCUGGGCACUAAAGAGUCACUGCUGAAGGAGUCUGUUCUCAUUGGCUGCCGUGAGGACACGCAGGCGUACUUCUGCCUGGAUGUGGGUGUACUUUGCCGCCAUCUUGGAGACGCUGGCCAACGAGGCUUUGGGGAAGAUCGUCAACAUCGUGGACGGCGUCGACCCGAGGCGGACUGGCAGCAGAGCGCACGGCGGCAAGACGUCGCAGAUAGCCAUCGUCAGCGUCCUCGACAAGGCCUGCGUGGAGGCGGAGCACUCGUACGGCGUCCCUCCGGUGGGUCACGGCGCCCCCGUACUCGCUCAGGAGGAACCACCUGAAGAGACGCCGUUGAUCCUGGCCGUCAGUGUCAAAGACCAACACGGACGCGUGGACCUGGACGCCAUUGCUGAGCGUGAGAACCUGAUCCGGCACACCGUAAUUGGCACAACGGCAACAACAAAAUGCGCCGGACUGGACGUGGCUCCGCUAGCGAGCUCGGACUCCAAAGAUUUGGCAGCGGACGGCUUCACGCACGAGAGGAAGUCCUCCGCGUCGCCGAGUCCACUGGCCUCACGCCGCCACGCGGCACAGGAGAGCCCCAGCGCCUCCCCCGAGCGGGUGCGGUUCCGGGCGCGCUGUGCAGCCGAGAAGCCCUUCGCCUGUGAGCAGUGCGGCCACCGUUUCACCCUGAAACAAAACUUACGGCGCCACGCCCUCGGCCAUGUGGGCAGCAAGUCGUUCUGCUGCGGCGUGUGCGGGAAAGGCUUCACGCGCGCCAUCACGCUCAAGACGCACGAGCUGAUCCACACGGGCCAGAAGCCCCUCAAGUGCGAGCAGUGCCCCAAAACCUUCCGGCACGCCGUCAACCUGAAGAACCACCUGCGCAUCCACAGCGGCGUGCGACCCUUCGCCUGCGACGUCUGCACAAAGACUUUCCGCCAGGCGGUCAACCUGAAGAUCCACCGCCGCGUGCACACGGGCGAGCGGCCAUACGCGUGCCGCCGCUGCGGCAAGACCUUCAGCCAGCAGAGCAGCCUGAUCGCGCACGGUCGCACGCACUCGGCUGAGCGGCCGUUCGGCUGCGUCUCCUGCGGCAAGCGCUUCAACAGCGCCAACGGCCUCAAGCUGCACGCGCGCGUGCACACGGGCGAGCGGCCGUACGCCUGCGAUGUCUGCGCCAAGACCUUCAGCCAGGGCAGCCACCUGCGCACGCAUAAGAGCCACGUGCAUGCCGGCGGCAAGCGCUUCAUCUGCGACAGGUGCGGGAAACGCUACGCCGACGGGCGCAACCUGAAGACGCACAAGUGCGGCUACGCGUGACGGUGUGACGCCGCCCCCUCGACGCAUUCCCUGCAUCAAGUUUUUUUUAUUGCACAGGCUCCAAGUUUCUUAUUUCAUUGAAAGAAUUUUGAGAAAGGCCGCACGAGUGGUCGGCACGUCAGAGGGUCGGAGGUCACGCUCUCGGCUCGUCGUUGGCUCGUGCUCAUGUGGGCCUGCGUUUGUUCCCAAAACAUUGACUGGUGACCAAUCGGUUGUUUGUCCGUAUGUGCCCCGACAAUAUCGCUGACUGGCGACCUGUCCAUUGUCAUGUGGUGUUACAGCUGUCUUUGUUCAGUUGAGUUGAGAACAUUUAAUAUUUACAAGUGCAUCUCAAUAAAUUACAAAUACAAAACUUCA